AUGGUAAUCCCUAGGCCUUUUCUUGAUGUAGGGUACAUUGCCGAAUGGUACACAGCACCCUCUCUAGAGAUUGCGCCACGGCAAUUCCGGCUUGAAGCGUGGCUGGUGGCCCUGGCGUCCAGCUCCUACGCUUUCACGGACCUCCUGAUCGCUGUGACGAUGUGCUAUUUUCUGUACAAGCAGCGGCAACAAGGAUUCCAUGCUUCCAAGUCCUUAAUAAAUCUUAUCAUCAGGUACACCAUUAGCACGGGCCUAGUCUCAAGCGUCGUGGCCUGCGUGUACCUUUCCCUUUACGUCAUAUACGCCAAGAGUGGUAGCAUGCUCAACGUCGGCGUCUACAUCGUCCAUGCCCAGGUCUAUCUGAACUCCAUGUUAACAUCGUUGAACAGCCGACGAGCAUUGCGAGCCCGCCUCGAACAUGCGCUUGCACAGGCCUAA